AUGUCUAAGAUCACCGUCGCCGGCGUGCGCACCAACGUGCAGCAGCUCCUUGAGUACUCCAACGAGACCAAGAAGAGGAACUUCCUGGAGACCGUCGAGCUCCAGAUUGGUCUCAAGAACUAUGACCCCCAGCGUGACAAGCGUUUCUCGGGCACCGUCAAGCUCCCCAAGGUCCCGCGCCCCAACAUGGCCAUCUGCAUUCUCGGUGACCAGCACGAUAUCGAUCGUGCCAAGCACGGUGGUGUUGACGCCAUGAGCGCCGACGACCUGAAGAAGCUCAACAAGAACAAGAAGCUGAUCAAGAAGCUCGCUCGCAAGUACGAUGCUUUCAUCGCUUCCGACACCUUGAUCAAGCAGAUUCCCCGUCUCCUAGGUCCCGGUCUCUCCAAGGCCGGCAAGUUCCCCACGCCCGUCUCGCACGCUGAGAACCUGGGUGACAAGAUCACCGAGGUCAAGUCCACCAUCAAGUUCCAGCUGAAGAAGGUGCUCUGCAUGGGUGUCGCUGUCGGCAACGUCGAUAUGACCGAGGAUGAGCUGAUUGGCAACAUCAUGCUUGCCAUCAACUACCUCGUCUCCCUGCUGAAGAAGGGCUGGCAGAACGUUGGUAGCCUUACCAUCAAGGCUACCAUGUCUCCUCCCAAGCGCCUCUACUAG